AUGGUUGGCCCAAAUAUCACUGCAACUCGCCCUGUCUUGUCGACGUUGAAGAAGCGGACGGCACAGGAAGAGCGUCAACGCAAUGGAGCAUUGAAGCGUGCCAUCAACUUCGCCAAGGUGCCUCUCCUGGCCAACACUGUUUACUUCACUUGGAGAUGGAUCAGUGUCGCGAAGAGCGUUCCAUAUGCCAGCCAUGCCGAGCUGGCAGCAUUCAUUUCGUUUCUUCUGGUUGAGUGGGUCUUUGGAGUGAGUGGCAUGCUCUUUGCCCUUCUUCUGGGUGGUUUGGGCAAGACAUGGACUCCCCAGGAGCGCAAGCGGGCACAAGGAAGCGAUGUGCCUUGCGUUGAUGUCUUCCUUCCUUGCUACGGCGAGGGUCUCGACAUUAUCACAGACACCAUCAACGCUGCGAUUCGUCAAGAUUACCCAGCAGACCGAUUCCGCAUUGUCAUUCUUGACGAUGGCAAUUCACCAGCGGUGAAGGAUCUCGUCGGCAGAAUCAGCGCCCAGCACCCUUCAAUCCAGCUUCACUACGGCGCCAGAGGGAAGGAGGUCAAGAUCCACUCCAAGGCCGCCAACAUCUGCUUCGGCAUGGAUUUGGUCGCAACGCUCCCUGGUGGAGCAGCACCAUAUUUUGGCGUCGUCGACAUUGACAUGCUCCUGGGCCCGGAAUGGCUGCGAGCAACCGUUCCAUUCCUUGAGGAAGACCCACUUGUUGCCCUGGCUGGAACUCCACAGAAAUUCUACAACCUUCCACAAGGGUUCACACUCGCUCCCAGAUUCCACUUGGAAACCGACGUAGUGCAAAGAGUUUUCGAUUCGAGCGGCAAGGCUGUUUGCCAGGGUACUGGAUACCUCGGCCGACGAUCUACAUUUGAAGAACUCGGCGGCUUCCCCACCAUGGUCAAGCAAGAAGACAGCUUCAUCGUCAGCAUCAUUCUUCAAGCCCACGGCUACCGCGUGCGACUCCUUGAAGAGGAGCACCAACACGGCAUGAACGCUCUGACCUACACCGACAUGGCCAAACUGCAGACGAAGUGGAUGACAGGAAUCAUCCACGCCUACUCGCUCUUUACCCACCCGAUUCUGUCUGAGAAGACCCUAGGACAACGCAUUGGUGGACUCAUCCCAGUCCUGCACUUGACAAUCUUCCGUCUCCUCCUGAUGAUCUCCCUGCCAACGAUCCUUCUCCUGGCGAGAAGCCCCGUCGUACCCACAUACAGCUCGAUCGACCUCCCAAUCUCUCUCAUCCUGGCUUCGAUCGCCUACUCAUCCAACUACAUCAUGUCCUGGAUGCUUUCCGCCGCCGCAGAAGGCACAAUUGCUCUCGACGACGGCAUCCGUCUCUGGAACCUGCCCUACCAACUCAAGGGCAUCCUCUGGCUCGUCAAGCACUCCAUAUUCGGCGAGACAAAGAUGGCGAAAUUCAAGACCACGGGUGCAGACUGUGCAGCCACCAAAGCCCAAGCGAGCACCACCUUCUUCGGCCGUCUCUUCCGCACGGUCGUCUACGACGGCGCCUGGAUGCACCUCGUCUACUUCGGCCUCCUCUCUACCGUGCUCUUCUGGACUCUAUCCCAAGCAUCAUCGCCGAAAUGGCUCCUUGCCUCCGUGGCUUUCCCUCCCUUCACCAAGAUCCUGCUGGACUGCUUCUACAACUCGAUCGUGCCGGUCGUCUACUGCCUGUCGCCAGAUCCGAACAAGAAGACGAGGGAGGACUUCCUCGAUCGUGAUGAGAAGACGGGUGUGGCGAAGCCGAUGCUGUCUUGCAUCACGCCGCCGAAGCCUGCUUUCUGGGGAACUUUGGGGAUUACGGGGUUGACUUGGUUGUAUUAUGGGGCUGCGAUAGUGUGGUCUGUUGCGUCAUGA